UUUUUUUGUCAAGCACACAGCGUGAGUAUCACAGACGAACCAUCACCCUCAGUGUCAGGAAAAUCUACACAUAAAUAAGUGACCAUGUCGGACAGAAAGGCAGUGAUCAAGAACGCAGACAUGUCUGAGGAGAUGCAGCAGGAUGCUGUGGAGUGUGCCACGCAGGCGCUGGAAAAAUACAACAUUGAGAAGGACAUCGCUGCUUACAUCAAGAAGGAGUUUGACAAAAAGUACAACCCCACCUGGCAUUGCAUCGUGGGGAGGAACUUCGGCAGCUAUGUGACUCAUGAGACCAAACAUUUCAUCUACUUCUACCUGGGCCAGGUGGCCAUCCUGCUCUUCAAGUCUGGCUGAGCAAACAGCAUCAAGCUUUAUUUAAUUAAAAACAGACUGUACUGACGAGGCUGAUCAUUCCUGUAUUGGGACCUGCCUUCUUUCGACGCCUUCUCCUAUAAAGAAACAAUUGUAUUUAUUUUUGUUUUCUAUACACAGUUUGAAUGUUUUGUGUCACCUCAGUUUUUUUAAUUAAAGCUAAAUGAUUUGGCUA